CGAACAGCCGAGCUGGGCCCCCAAGUUGUUAUCUCUGUUAUACACUCUUGUUUUUAUAUCCUAACCAACAAGCAGUUCACAUUGACAUGCGGUACUUUUGCGUUUGACAUUUUAAUGACAUGCAUUCUCUCGCCUCUAGAGCUUUGGACAAUGCGCUUUUAAAGCUGUAUGUUGUUUAAUGGUUUCUAUUGUGUUGUGUGUGAUUGGUAGAUAGUGAGGAUACAAUGAAAACUGUUUUUACUCUACUAUUCAGACGUCUUGGUAGGACCCUCGUUCUAUUGUUGAUAGUGGCUUUGGUCGGAUUAUAUUUUAUCAGAAAAGAAACUGGAGUCCUCAACAUGGUUAAGGCCUUCUCUUUAGAAUACAAAGGCCAAAUUAAAGUGGCUGAGAUGUCUGAUCAGAUAACCGACUAUAGCAAACUGACAUUCACAUCUUGCAUGUUCCCAGAUAACAACCCUUUUGAUCCAGAAGUGAUGAAGAUUGCCGGACUUGAUAAACCGACAUUGCUGUGCAACAGCGCCUUGCCUGAUUUGACCUACUUAAAAGAAAAUAAACUGAUUGUUAAUAAAACAAAAAUAAAAGAAAGAUUUCCAACGUUCAAUGUUACCUGUAAAUACCAAGACAUUACCCGACAGAAUGACCGCGACAGAUCGUUUGCCUUCAGUGAGUUUCGAAAGCCCUUUCAAGAGUCAAUGGAGCUUCCGUCUGAGACAGAGUAUAUUCUUGUCCUUUGUGAGGGAACACGGAACCUAAAUGACAAUAGCAGCUCGCAGUUCAAUUCUUCUUCCAAGAAACAAUCGAAACCGGAAGUGCUAUCGAGAACGUACUUCGCAUUUAUUCCUAAACUGGACAAUUUGAAUGAGAUAGAAGAAUUGUUGUUGCGUAAACGCUUCGUUGAAUCCUCACCGUCUGAGAAUAUGAGCGUUAUCAUGAUCGGCUACGACUCUGUUUCUAGAUAUCAUUUCAUGAGGGCGAUGAACAGAACCUAUGACUUUCUGGUCAAUGAUCUGCUCUCCUUUGACAUGACCAUGCACAGCCAGGUCGGUAAGAACUCGUUCCCGAAUUUUUUGCCCUUCAUGACUGGCAGAUCCGCCCAGGAAACGUACCAGUGGUGGAGCGACAAGAAAAAUGCCGACCCAUUUGAUCAUCUCUGGAAAGAUUUUGAGAGGGCUGGUUAUCGAACGUUUUUUUCAGAAGAUAACCCGGGGAUCGGAGCUUUCAAUUAUCUGACUCCUGGGUUUCUCAAAACACCUGCAACACAUUACAGUAAAUCAAUAGCUUUCGCCAUUGAGCAGGAUGAGCUUAUUCGUAACGCAAGUAGUCAUUGCAUCGGCAACCAACCGGAAGUUCUUUUUCAUCUAGAAUACUUAAAAAGUUUCCUGGACAAAUUUCCACGGAAACCGCUCUACGCGCUUCUGUUUUUCACGAGAAUUUCCCAUGAUGAUAUAACUAUGCUGAGAAUCAUAGACGAUCAUGUGUACAGUUUCUUUAAGAAGCUAAAAGAUUCUGGACAUCUGAAUAACACUAUGAUGAUUACCUUCUCAGAUCACGGGCCUCGCUACGGACCCAUUCGACACUCACACAUGGGUGACGUCGAGAACCGUAACCCUUUAUUGAUUUUCACAAUGCCUACUUGGUUUCUCCACAAGUACCCGGAUGUUGCCGGAAAUCUCAAAACCAACACCGGCCGUCUGACGUCACAAUACGACAUUCACGCCACCGUUCGGGAUCUUCUGUAUUUCAGAUCAACGGGAGAUAAUCCUUUACCGAAAACUAGACAUGGUAUGAGCUUGUUUCAAGAGGUCCCAAGGAACCGAACGUGUCAGGACGCGUCUGUAUCGGAGGAAUUUUGCCUUUGCAAUUAUCAGAACUUCAUAACUGUGUUGCCCAAUUCUAGUAUUGCCCAUCAGGUGGCUAAUAAAGUUGUAGAGGCAAUGAACGCUAGACUGGACCACGCUAAAUGUGAAAGUUUAAAACUGCAUAACGUUUCAGAAGUCUACGUGCUAAAAGUAUUAAACAAACUGUUUAAACUAGUCAAGACAGUGUUCCGGAUUAAAGUUGAGACUGUUCCGGGUAACGGGGUAUUUGACGCCACUGUACAUGUGGAGGGCAUAAGUGAUUGGGAAUCAUGGGAACAGCUGUCCAUAACACAUCUAAAUAAUGUAACGGUGGCAGAAGGGCUGGACCGGUUGAACAGGUACAGUGGUCAGUCCGACUGCGUGAGUGAUCCUAAGAUACAAUUAAUUUGCUAUUGUAAGGGUUUGUUAAAAGCAAAGAAAUUGUAAUGAAACCGACUUGUCAUAUUCUAGUUUAUGUGGGUAACAUAUCAUCUGAGAUAACAUAUCAUCUGAGAUAACAUAUCAUCUGAGGUAACAUAUCAUCUGAGAUAAAAUAUCAUCUGAGAUAACAUAUCAUCUGAGAUAACAUAUCAUCUGAGAUAACAUAUCAUCUGAGAUAACAUAUCAUCUGGGUUAACAUCAUAUGGGUCAAGAUAUCAUCUGGGGUAACAUAUCAGGGCAACAUAUCAUCUGAGAUAGCAUAUCAUCUUGGAGAACAUUUUAUCUGGGGCAACAUAUCAUCUGAGAUAACUUAUCAUCUGGGGUAACAUAUCACCUUUGGUAACAUAUCAUCAUAGGUAACAUAUAAAAUGAGG